AUGGCUACAUUCUAUGAGCAACGGAUGUUCAACCUCUUCGAGCGUUAUGGCAUCUCCAAGAAUGCCCAGAACAUGCUGAAGCAGUACGAGGACUUCAUGACUGCUCGAGUUGACGAAGCCGCUGUCGGCCGCCUAAUUCGUCUGUCGCCCAACAAUCGGGCCGCCCUUACCACAACCAUGGGGAAGUGCGCCAAAAUGGCGGGAAAGGAGCCUGGCGAGUUGAAGCACUGCCUUGCGAUCAUCGACAGCUGCGUCAAGAUGCUCCAGAUUGCAGACAAGUCUCCUGUUCAGGAAGGUUUUCCUUCCUUCAAGAAGCUGCCGUCCGAGAUCCGUAAUCGCAUCUUUUACUUUUACCUCGGUAACCAUUCCGAAGCUGCUGCGCUCAUCCCGUUCCCCAAGCACGGAGAGUGUGUGUGCGCUCCCCACGAGCCUCCCUUGGGUGUGCAUUUCAUCAAGAAGAACAUCUCCGCCGCCUUCACUUCCAAGGCGAUGAGAGAUGAGGUCCUGGCCUGCUUGUACCGCAAGAGAGCGUUCCAUUUCCCUUGCGCUUGUGAGAUGCACUACCAUCUGACUACCAACGACGCGCUCAAGGAGCUCAUUCGAACCUUUCACUGGUGUGGUAUUGAGGCAGACAAGGGCAUCCGAGGACUUCAAGACAUGAAGCAGCUUGAGUACCUCACCGUCAUCAUCUCCAAGAGCACGACGAAGCAUGUGACCCAACGCGAGAAGGAGAUCCGAAAGUACUUCAUGCCCAAGAGAGGCACCAACGUCCUCCCUGAGGCCCUCGGAUUUGACGAGUUGAUUCAGCUUCGUGGUCUGUCGGUUGCUGUCGAGCAUGUGGCGAAGCGCAAGGCAGACAGACGAUCGGACGACGAAAAGGGCAGCCUGAACGCUCUGCUGCAGUCUCGAGUAACGAAGCCUCGCGAAGAUAGCGACGAGGAGACGGGAUAA